UGGAGUUUUCAAUUUUCAGCUUCAAAAAAGUCGAACGCACCGAAAACACCUCGGGAGCAAUCGUUUAGACCGCCUGUACCAGCAUCACCAUUACCUCCAGAGAAGUCUUUAACAGUGGCUAAGAAAAUAUCAAAUAAAGAUGCGGCUAUUUCCGCUGCAGGUACAAAUAAGGAAGAAGAAGAUGGAGGCUACGAAUCAUGCCCUGAUAUGACACCUGAACAACUUGCUAAAAUUGCAAACGAAUCUCCUGCGAAAUAA